AUGUUUGCAGAUGAUACCAGCCUUACAGCUGUGGGCAAAACAUUAAAUGAAGCAGAAGAAUUAGCGAAUAAGGACUUGAAAAAUGUUAAAGUGUGGUUGUCUUCACACAAACUUAGCUUAAAUAUUGCGAAAACGGAAUAUAUUUUGAUUGGAUCACGCCCUAAGAUUAAUAGCAUGGAUGUCCAACCCAUAGUUAAGAUCGACCCAUGUCCAAUCAAAAGAGUAAAAUGCGCAAAUGUGCUAGGAGUUGAAAUCGGUGAGAACUUAAACUGGGAAAAACAUAUUGAAUAUAUCGCUAGUAAAUUAUCUUCGGGAAUUA